ACCCAUGUAGUUCUAUUUGAAAUCCACUAAGAGCGGUACCAGCUCUUCACUUUUUCGAAUUUCAGAUAAGAACGCAACUAUCGAUUAUCGAACUUAGCGUGGUAUAGCACUACAGCCUAUUUGCAACCCGGCAGCCGUACUAUCUCCUACCGGUCUAAACUGGCAAGUUAUUUUCCUUCGGUUUUUAUUUCAUUACUAUUCGUUGUCUGUAAAGUAAUAAGUACUUAGUUUGUCACUGUGUUCGUCCAUGGUAGUUUAAUAGUUUAUCAUCGCGAACAAAACUGAUAUUCAGCUACAGAUCCUAUCGCCCUGACGCUCCGACGUGGAUCGGUCGAGUCACUAAGCCACUAGAUUUGAGCGGUCAGAAUUAUUUUGUUCAAUCCAGCCUGAUUGCAGUUAACUAUAACGCAAAAAUUAAUCAAAAGCAAUAAUGUCUCCUAAAAAACAAACUCAACAUGGUGAAGAACCAAGUGGUAGCAGAAAAUUGGGUAGAAGAAGUAGAAAAUCACAUAAAUCAUUGUCAUCUAAUACCCCAACUACUAACAAUACCAAAGCUGACUGUAAAUCUACUACAAAAAUUCAAGCAGUUGUUGAUAAAAGAGUACUCUCGUUAUCUAUGUUAAAACCUACUCAAAUUAACAGUGGUUCAGCAGUGUGGUAUGUAACAAGUCAAGAAGAACCUGAUGAUAUUGAAAAAUUAAUUACAGAAGAUGUAUUUGACAACAUACAAUGGGAAUGUGAAAAUAUGUUAUCUGGUAUAAUUGUACGCAAAAGACAAAUAAAAAAUGUUACCAAUUUGAUUUCUUCUGUGCAAAAAACUGGUUCUCAAAAUAAUGUAGAAAAUAACUCUGAACAACCUAUGAUUGUAGCAAAAGUGAAUGCAAAAAUAUUUCACGAUGAUGAAUGUUCUUCAAACUUAAACAGUGUUGAAUAUGAAUAUGAUUCCUCUGAAAAUGAGCUACCUCCUGCUGCUGAAUCAGCAAAAAGAUUUUGGUCAUUAGUUAAACAUUAUAUUGCUGAUGUAAGAGAAGAAGACCUCAAAUGGUUAGAAGAUUUGGUUAUGUCUUAUGACUCUAAACUUGAUAAAAUACCACCUUUAGGUGAACAUUAUACAAAACGCUGGGUGAAGGAAGAAUUAAAAAUGCAAAAUCAACAGGCUUCAAGCUCUCAUCAGCCAAAUAUUAAAACUAGACUAGCUGAUCGAGUAUCCCCUGAUGUGGUAGAACUAAUUAACAGAGCUAAUAACGCUGCACGCUUUGGUAAUGGAUCAACACAAAUAUACCAAAAAAUUAUUGCAGCUCUUUUAGAACAUUCAAAUAUGUCUCAAAAUAACAAUGAUAACGAUAGUGAUAUUGAUGGUGAUGCUGAAGACAAACCAGAAGAAAUGAGCAAUUUUUGUGAAGAAUUUUAUAGGGAACAAAAUAUUAAAAAACAACUGCAGAAAUUAGGAUUGAUUGGUAAUAAAGGCAAGCCAGUGACAUCACCUUCAAGUUUACCUCAUUCCUCAUCACAAGCUACAAAUGAGAAUGAUGAAAUUUUAGAAGAGUUAGUUAAAUGUGAUGCUGCUUUAAGUAAUUUACAAGAAAUGAACAAAAAUCAUUUAACUAUAUUAUUACAAAAAUGCCGUGAACGUCAGUCUCAACAAAAGAAAAAAAAUAGACUCCAAAAACUGGAUAAUCAGAUUUUAAACAUAAAAAAACAAGGCAAUUCACAAAAAAAAGAUGGGAAGACUGCACAAACGAGAAAAGAAUAUGAAAACAUGAGAUUUUUAUUAGAUAAACGCAGUAAGUACCUUAUGCGGUUGCAAUCGUAUAAUACAGAUCCUACUAAAAAUGAUGAUUCUGAAUUAAGUGAUGAAGACGAAUGAUUGUUAUAUCAGAUGAUUGAAUAGCUUAUAAUUUUAUUUAAUAUGAUGUCACACACAUUAAAUUUAAAUUUAUAUAUUACUACAUGCAUACAUUACAAAGGAAGGUUACUUUUAUUUUCUCAGAUAAUAUCUCUAAAAAGUUCUAGAUGGUAUUAUAAUUAUUUUCAGUUUGGCGACAUACACACUUGUUUGUCUCAUCUAUUUGGUAUAAUUAUUUAUUUUAAAGAUACACUACAUGUCUUUUUAUUUGUUGACUUUAAUAUUUGUAUGUUAAGACACUACAAAUUACUUCCAUAAUAUAUUUUGUUAAUCUUUAUAUUUUAAUACAUUUUAUUCAUAUUGUAUAAAAAAAGUUAACUACAAAAGGUGUUUAAAACAAGUUUAAAACUUUAAAAAUUAUAAUUAUUAAAAUCUAAGGAAUUUUUUU